AAACAGAGCUUCUCGUCUCACUCUCUGCUCUGUUCCUCCCUCUAUUUCUAUAUAUUCCAUGAAGACACGCGUUUUCUGGAAAAUUUUGGUUGCUCUUCUCCUCUUCUCAUUUUGAAAGCCAUGGCCAACAUCACAUCCAUGUUCUCUGCUUCUUCCUCCUCCAUCAUUGCCAUAUUCCUGCUUCUCACCCUUCCUGAUAUUUGUCUGCAAAUUCGAGGCUCAGAGUUUGGAAUAAACUACGGCCAAAUAGCCAACAAUCUCCCAUCUCCUUCUCGCGUGGCUGGUCUCUUAAAGUCCCUCAACGUCAGUAGAAUCAAACUCUACGAUGCCGAUCCAAACGUUCUGGUUGCCUUCUCCAAUUCCGAUGUCGAAUUCGUCAUUGGACUAGGAAACGGGGAUCUGGAGAACAUGAAAGACGUAUCACAAGCACAAUCCUGGAUUCAACAAAAUGUGCAACCAUACCUCUCACAGACCAAAAUCACCACCAUUGUCGUUGGAAACGAGGUUUUCACCAACAACGACACACAACUAAACCAAAACCUCGCCCCCGCAAUGCAAACAGUGUACCAUGCCCUUGUCAAUCUUGGGUUGGAUCAAAAAGUUGCUGUCACCAGUGCUCAUUCUUUCAAUAUUUUAUCCAAUUCUUACCCUCCUUCCUCUGGAGCUUUUAGAGCAGAUUUGAUUCCAUAUAUCCAGCCCCUUUUGAGUUUUCAUGCUCAAGUGAAAUCCCCUUUUCUGAUUAACACAUAUCCAUUUUUUGCGUACAAGGGAAGCCCCAAUGAGAUUUCAUUAGACUACGUAUUGUUUCAGCCAAACGCAGGAAUGGUUGAUCCAAAGACGAAUCUUCACUACGAUAACAUGCUUUAUGCUCAGAUUGAUGCUGUGUACGCAGCCAUCAAAGCAUUGGGUCACAGUGACAUUGAGGUUAAGAUUUCUGAGACAGGUUGGCCUUCUAAGGGUGAUCCUGAUGAAGUAGGGGCUUCACUUGAAAAUGCAAUGUUGUACAACGGGAAUUUGUUGAAGAGGAUGGAGAUGAGACAAGGGACUCCAGCGAAACCUUCGGUUCCUAUUGAUAUCUAUGUGUUUGCACUUUUCAACGAAAACAUGAAACCUGGUCCUACUUCCGAGAGAAACUACGGUCUCUAUUAUCCUGAUGGUACUCCUGUUUAUGAUGCUGGAUUACAAGGUCGUUUACCAGAGAUGGUAGUUCAAUCUGUAUCCAAGUCCAACGGCUUGUUCGUGGGCUUUCUUGUCUAUGUCAUUACAUGUUUAGUUUUUGUUUUUGAGAUUUCAAGGUCUUGAUCACAAGUAGGAAGAGAUCAAGGUAAACAGAGGAUUCAUUUUGCAAGAGGAAGCCAUAUAAGGUAGACCAAAAGCAACACAACUUUUUUUCUUGGUUGGCAUAGAUGCUUCGCUUGCAAGUUGACAGCUUCGCCACCAUAACCAAAUAAUUGCCUCGUCUUCCUUCAUUCUUGUCAUUCGCAGAUCCCAUAGCU